AUGAACGAAAAGACUUCCUACAACGAGACCAAGACGCGAAGAAAAACUGUUCCAUCAGCCUUUCUGAUGGUGGAUAGAUAUUGGAUGGCAUCCAACUACCUUGUUGUUGGACAGAUCUAUUUAAUGGACAAAAAUCCACUAUUGAAGCAGCCGCUCAAACCUGACCAUGUGAAGUCGAGACUACUCGGACACUUUGGUACCUGCCCAGGUCAGAACUUUAUCUACGUCCACUUAAACCGUAUCAUUUGUGAACGAAAACUCAGCAUGUUUUACGUUUGUGGGCCCGGUCACGGCGGCCCUGCGAUGUUUGCUCAAACUUACCUUGAGGGCUCGUUUACAGAGCGCUACCCUGACAUAUCGAAGGACGAAGAAGGUAUCGGAAAAUUGUUCAAGCAAUUUAGUUUCCCCGGCGGAUUUCCGUCACACGCGGCACCCGAGACACCUGGAUCCAUUCAUGAAGGAGGCGAACUGGGCUACAGUUUGUCGCAUGCCUUCGGCGCGGUGUUUGAUAAGCCUGAUUUGAUUGUGGCUUGCGUCGUCGGGGAUGGCGAAGCCGAGACUGGCCCUUUGGCUACGUCUUGGCACUCCAACAAAUUUUUAAAUCCUGCAAAAGAUGGAGCCGUUUUACCAAUCCUUCAUCUCAAUGGUUUUAAGAUUGCGAAUCCGGUCGUUUUAGCUCGCAUACCAGAGGAAGAGUUGCUUUCUCUUUUUCGAGGCUAUGGGUACAACCCAGUCAUUGUCGAGGGUUCUGAUCCGGCGGAGAUGCAUCCAAAAUUCGCGGCAGAGCUAGACUAUGCCGUGGACACUAUUCUAUCGAUACAGAAGGAAGCACGAACUCAUUUAGAAGAGGGGCUCCAGCUUCGACGACCGACAUGGCCAGUAAUUCUUCUAAAAACUCCGAAAGGCUGGACAGGACCAAGUGAAGUUGAUGGCGUCAAGAUCGAAGGGUCUUACAAAUCCCACCAAGUCCCUGUCUCAAAUCCCUCAGAAAAUUUAGAGCACUUAGAUAUUUUGGAAAAAUGGUUAAGGAGUUAUCAGCCAGAAAAUGCAUUCGACGACAAUGGGAAAUUGCUCCCCGAGCUACAAGCACUGGUUCCUCCACGACAUCUCCGAAUGGGAUCCAACCCCUAUACGAACCCAGUUAUUUCCCCCCUUCUCUUACCCAGUUACGAAGCGUAUGGGGUAAAGAUUGACAAAAAUUCACGCGGGAAAGCGAAAGCCUCCGAUACUUUUACCUUAGGAACAUAUUUGCGCGAUGUGAUCAUCAAGAAUGUUAAGCACAAGAACUUUCGAAUUUUUUCGCCCGAUGAAACUGCGUCAAAUCGCCUUCAUGCAGUGUAUGAAGCCACCAACAAGCAAUGGAUGGGCUCGCUGAAUAGCGACGAUGAUACUCUUGCUGACCACGGACGUGUGAUAGAAAUGCUCUCCGAACAUCAAUGCGAAGGAUGGUUGGAAGGAUAUCUACUCACUGGAGGUCAUGGCCUCUUGAAUUCAUAUGAAGCUUUUAUCCACAUAGUAAGCUCCAUGUUUAACCAGCAUGCGAAGUGGCUGAAAAUCUGCAAAGAAACUCCGUGGAGAAACGAGCUCUCAAGCCUUAAUAUUCUCCUUUCGUCGCACGUUUGGCGUCAGGAUCACAAUGGUAAGGCAAUUCCUACUGUUCGGUGUUGGAUCGAUUCGGAUGCUCUUAUCCAGUCUUAUCUCCUUCAAUUUUUCGUAGGAUUUACACACCAAGAUCCGGGAUUCUUGCAGCAUGUGGCUAGUAAGAAACCCGGGAUAAUUCGUAUUUAUCUGCCACCGGAUGGGAACUGUCUUCUAUCGGUCAUGGACCAUUGUCUCUCCUCGAGACACUACGUCAACAUCGUGGUAGCCGGCAAACAUCCCUCCCAUCAAUGGCUUACGCCUGCAGAAGCGAGUGAGCACUGCACAGAGGGAAUUGGUAUUUGGAAGUGGGCAUCAAAUGAUAUAGGUCGUGAACCUGACAUAAUUGUUGCUUGUGCGGGUGACGUUCCGACGCUAGAAGCUCUUGCCGCGGUGUCUAUUGUUCGUAAAAAAAUGCCAGAGUUCCGUAUUCGAUUUAUCAAUGUCGUCGAUCUCAUGAAAUUAACCAACACGAGUCAUCACCCGCAUGGAUUGAGCAAUGAAAAGUUUGAUUCGCUUUUUACAACUGACAAACCAGUUUUGUUCGAUUUUCAUGCUUAUCCAGAGCUGGUAGAACAGCUAAUAUUUUGUAGAUCGAACAGAAAUUUCACUGUUCGAGGAUACAAGGAAGAAGGAACGAUGAGUACACCGUUCGAUGGAUGUGUGAUGAACGGAGUUGAUCGCUUCCAUCUGGUAAUUGAUAUAUGCAAUAUAAUUGAGCACCAUUGCAGGACGGUGACCGAAAAAACCCGUUGGCUUGCACCUUACGUCAGUCAAGACAUGAGACAGCUCCUUGCCAAACACAAAAAGUAUAUCCAUGGCAACGGUGUUGAUUUGGAAGAGGUGGCUGACUGGGAGUGGGAAUGCUAA